CUAAACGUAAGGGAGCAAAAGUAAAGAGAAGGCAGAAGCACUGAAAGACACACAAACGCAAACAGACAAGCAUUAUCUCGAUGUUACAGUGCUGUGAACACCAGCUCAUGCAGGAAUCUGGAGUUUCUACUUUGCAACCACAAUUCACCUGCAGAAUGAAUGAUCCUGAGCUGAUAUCUGAGCAGUGGCCAUAGACGUUAAUAUUAUGGAAGUUUUCUAGCACCCAAUGUCAUUGUUGGUGAAAAACAGAUGUGGAGUCCUGACUUAAUUACUUUGGUUAUCACUGUGACAUAUCAGGACACAAAUCUGCAAGCUUUCCUGUUUCUUAAGCUAACAUGAUGUUCACGGCCCUGCGCUGGGUAGUAUUGGUGGUCUUCAUCGUGCUGACCAUUUGUGGAAACAUGCUGGUAUGUCUGGCUGUGGCCACCAGUCGGCGUCUGCACCAGAUUAGUAGCUGUUUUAUACUCUCACUGGCCGUGACAGACUUGCUGCUGGGUAUGCUGGUACUUCCACUCUCUGCCAUGCUGGAAUUACGCAAUGGGAGAUGGCCUCUCGGGGGUGUUUUUUGCAAUAUCUACAUCUCUCUGGAUGUGAUGCUCUGCAGUGCUUCAAUCCUCACCCUACUAGCCAUUAGUGUUGAUCGUUACCUUGCCAUUUCAAACCCACUCUGCUAUCCCAGGAGGGUCACACCUCGUCGUGUGGCGGUCACUCUGACUGCAAUUUGGACGUGCUCUCUGGCUGUGUCCUUUUUGUCCAUUAACCUAGGCUGGAACACACCUGACUUCAGAGUGCAGAACCUGGGCUGGGACAUGUGGGAUGAAGGAGAGGAAGGCAGGACCUGCCGCUAUGAAUGGAAUAAUAAUUAUGUGCUGCUUAAAGCCUUUCUAAUCUUCUACCUCCCCCUGCUGGUCAUGUGUGGAAUGUAUCAUCGCAUUUUCUGUGUGGCACGUGAACAGGUGCGGCGUAUACGAGCAACUACUCCUUCCUUUUUGCAGUCUGCAAACGCAGUUGCCAGUGCUCGGGAACACAAAGCCACAGUGACCCUGGCCGCAGUGCUUGGUGCCUUUGUCAUUUGCUGGUUCCCUUAUUUCACCUACUUCACGUACAUGGGUAUGUGGGCAGAGGUCCACCCAAACAAACUGACCCACUCUAUCGUUCUUUGGUUGGGAUACCUCAACUCUGCAUUGAACCCCAUUCUUUACCCAGCCUUAAACAGGGAUUUCCGUCGGGCAUGCGGACAGCUGCUUUGCUGUAGACGCAGCAAUCGGGGCAACUGCCAUUUGUUCAGCCCUUUUAAAUGAACAGAUUCAAAUCCUCUGGCACCAGUGAUUAAAAACACAAAGCUCCUGUAGCCUACCAUGGUCACCUGCAUGUCCAGUUGUCCAAUGUUUGCUAGGCCUGUGCUUUCAGUACCUUCCCGUCCUGUGGCUCCCGCACCAGAGCCAGCUCAUAACAUGGCCGCCACACCAGAGCCUUUAUCUAAUGUCAUGGCUGCUGCUCCAGAGUCUCCAGCCGUCAUGGUCGCUGAGCCAGAGCCUCCGGCCACCAUGAACAUCACACCACAGUCUUCAGCCAUCACAGAUGCCACUCCAGUCUUCCCUGUUGCAUUUGAAGACACCCAGGUGUUUUUAAAGACGUUUGAGGCAACAUCCGCUCCAGCCCUUGAGUUCGCUCUGGAACCUGCUCCCGUCAAUGAAUCCACUCCAGAGCCUGCUCCAGUUGGUGAAUUUGUCCCAGAGCUCAGUCCUGUGUUGGAGCUGAGCUGUGAGCUUCCUGCCUGUCCUUUUUUGACCACAAUGAUCACCAGUUAAUUCUCUGCUUACAUCCAGGCAGAGAUGGGGAUAAAUACACAAAAAUGUAUUUAAAAUAAAAAAACAAAAUCAUGUGUAGAAGCGUAUUUAAAUACAGUAUUUUGUAUUUUGAAAAUACACAAAAUACAUGUGGAAUUGGCC